GAUUGCAGGGUGCAUCGCUCCCGCUUCCGGACACAGCAGGCCUCGCGAGAAACGGAGAUUUCGCGAGAGGACGCCAGAGGCCUUCUUUGUCCUAUCCGGGAGGGGCGGGGAAGACAAAAAGGUGGUGUUGAGGCUCGGCCUUUCCAGGGACGAUGCCGUCCGCAUUCUCAGUCAGCUCGUUCCCCGUCAGCAUCCCCGCCGUGAUCACGCAGACAGACUGGACGGAGCCGUGGCUCGUGGGCCUGGCCGUCUUCCACGUGCUCUGCCUGCUGCUCACGUGUUUCUCGUCCCAGAGGUACAAGCUGCAGGUCGGGCACUUCCUGUGCCUGGUGAUCCUGGUCUACUGUGCCGAGUACAUCAAUGAAGUGGCCGCGAUGAACUGGAGGCUGUUUUCGAAAUACCAGUACUUCGACUCGAGGGGCAUGUUCGUCUCCUUAGUGUUCUCAGCGCCCUUGCUGCUCAACGCCGCGGUCAUUGUGGUCCUGUGGGUGCGCAAGACCCUGAGCGUGAUGACCGAGCUGAGGGGCUUGCGGGAGAGGCGGCGGGAGAGGCUGCGGAAGGAGGAGUGACGACCCGCCGGGCUGCGCCCUGGAGACGUCUUCCUAGGACCGUCCGCUCCUCCAGCAGGCUGUGGUCAGCGUUUAAGACACAUUUGACUUCGUGUCCGCCGUGGCGCUCGCCAGGCCUGUGUCUGACCAAGGGGUGUUCAGUCUCUGGUUCAACUGUAAAUAAACCAUUGCUACCCGGGCACAGUGUUCCUGUGUCUGGUUGUAAAACAGCCAGUCAGUGGGAAGAGGUUGAGUCGUAGACAGUGCAGUCCAGGCAAGGCCCCUCCGUCACCCUGUCAUGCUGUGUCACCCCCGUCACCUCCUCACCCGGCCUGGUCCGUGCAGUGUUCGCCUCUCUGCAGCAGCUGCGUGAACCCCUGAGUCAUUUCUCAGGCUGGAAAGUUCCAAGUAAGAAUAGUCAGUGUUCACCUGCCUCAGCUGACAGUUUACGGCAGAUACUAAGGUCAGUCGUGCUCCUGUGUCUCAGCUCUUCUGCUCGCGGGCACUCUGGGCGUUGGUGUCCUUAGAGCAGGUGCACGGUUCCUGUGGUCCCCGUGCCCAGGCCGACUCCUAUCGGGGCUGGGGCUGCCGCUGGAUGGUGAGAGGCGAGCACAGGCCCACGCUGCUAGAACACAGCGACCCACAGAGAGCACUGUGGCUCCCGAUUUGGUUUGAAAAGCAGUUUGUGAAUAGUUCUCUUAAUUCUAACAAGAUUUUUUUUCUCUUAAGUUAUAUUCUUCGAAAUUCAAAAAGAAAAAAAGUGGUUCAUAUGAAAGCAUUUAUAUUUAGCAGCUCAAAAGGCGACAUUUUGGUAGAUUAUGAAAUUAAACGUUGAAAUCCAGAUACAUAAUGUUUUUAUAGACACUUGUAAACUCUUAGUAGAGAAAUUAUUUCCUGAAAUUUGACCUCAGCUUUAGAAGGGAGCAGAUGGAGCUUCCUAGGUAUGGGGGUGUUUAACCUGGUAUUUUUCCAGCCCCUUUUUGAGGUGUUAAACUUUUAAAUUGAGCAUUUCUUAAAAUGACUUAAUAAACAGCCUCCCUUGUGAAG